UGUCUUGUUAGGUUGAUUCAGUCUUUGAACCACAAGAAUGCUCCUUUCCUUCUGAUGGAAAGUGAUCGGCUGAUCAGUAGUCUUCCUCAAGUGAAAUGGACUGAGACAGCUGUUGCCUUGGCAUCUAGGCUACAAGAAGAAUGCAUAACAUUUAUUGUGGCAAACUUCCUACAUAUAGUACAAAGUGAAGGCUUUUAUAUUUUGUUGCAGGCACAGGCAAUGAGCAGCAAACCUGACCUUCUAGAACUAAUUUUUAAUACAAUUGAAAGAAGUAUUAAUACUGAAAAUAGCUGCUUGCUUCUUGUAGCUGUGGAUAUGUUGUUGAAUUCCACAAACGUGAAGGAGAUGGGUUUUACGUGCAAGAUCCAGGCUCUGCGUGAUAAGCUCUGGGUCUUCCUGGUUCAGUCUUUUUAUGCUGUUCGUCACACAGAAAGCUGGAAGCUGAUGAGGCCAGACCACCAACAAAAAAUAGAGGCAGCGGCUUUUGACAAGGGUGAUGAUCGAAGACUUGGCAAAAAACCUGUAUUCACUAGUUCUCAGCUAAACAAAUCCAUUAGUGAAUCAGCUGGUAUAAAAAAUACAUCCUGGACAGAACAAGGCAAGAAAGAUUGCUGGGGAGAUACUUCCACUAAUCAGGAUAAAAUGAAAUCUGAUGGAUUAGGAGCAUCUGGACAUACAUCAAGCACCAACAGAAACAUCGCUAACAGGACUUCAAAGAACGAGGAUGUAAAGGGGAAAGAUGGCAAAAAAACAGUUUCCAAGAUUACUAAAGAUUCAAAACCUGGAGAAAAAGUUGCUUCACCAAAGGCUAGAGCUGUUAUAAAGCCAAAAAUAGAAAAUAAUGGAAAUGCAAAAGCUGAAAGCAUGCUUACCAAGCAAGAUGUUGAAAAGACAUCAUCUGCAAGUGGACAGAAAAAUUCAGGAAGUGGCAGAGGACUAAAGAACCAAGAAGGAAAAAUUGCAGGUGCCAGACCUAAAGUGCUGACUGGAACCUCAAGUGUGCAGAUCAGAACAAAGCCACUGAAAAAAAACACAGGAAAGGAAUCUCCCUGCUCUGUGACUGGGGCAGGAACUUCCAGCAAAUCAACAAAUUCAAGCAUGGAUAUCCAGACUGCCAGUGAACAGACAGAAGAACCCAAAGAGGAUAAAUUGGCAGAAGAAGAAAAAAAAUAUACUGUGAAAACAAAGUUGUCUUCGAAGACAUCAAAUGGACUCACCAACAAAAAAAAAAAGACUGAGCUGGAGCCUAAUGCUGCAGCAAGCAGUGUGACAAAAAAAUCAACUGGAAAAGGAUGCAAUGAACAAAACAUACAAGCUGUUCUGAAGAAAAAAGGGACUGUGAGUAGCAAUUCUGCAACUCAGCAAAAGGCACAGAACACACCUACCAGUUCUCCCAAAAACCAAGGCUUUCAGGUGGAAUCACCAAAUUCACUGAAAUCAGGAAUGUCUCCAAAACAAAAUGAAGAAAAAUACGUGAUACAACAUCUGGUUCAGACAACACUUUCAGAAAAACAUUCUUCAACUAAGAAAAAGAGUGUUAAGCAGUUGCAAACACCUGUAGCAAAAGCUACUGCAAAAAUAACAACACCUAAAACUCAGGUUCAGUCAAAGCAUGGUGAGAGUAUGAACAAUAAAGACCCAAAACUGAAAACAGUUGGGCAAUCUGUAUUGAAAUCACAGUCCUCUGCCCAGAGACAUUCAAGAAGUGAAUCUCCUGGUGUCCAGAAGACUAUGCACACCUCUGAGCCCAGAAGUUCAGGACCGAAACUUGAAACACACAUGGCUGAUGCUCUGGCAGUUCAGCUUCACGACAAUAAUGAAUGCACUUCUGCAAAGCAAAUUGAACGUCUGAACUCUUUGAUGGAAGGUAGCAAAGAAGAUAUACUCUUGGCAUCCUGUCAACAAGAUAAACAAAAAUUAUUGGAUCCUCCUGACAGUGGGGAAUACAAACUACAGUCUGAAUCUUCUUCUCCUCUGAUCAUCAAACAAACUAUUCCUAAAACAACUGUUUUAGUCCAAAAUGAAAUGGGAGCAAAACAGAUCUGUGGAGAUGCGACUGAAAUUAAACAGCUUACAGAUGCAAAGAAAGAUGGCAAUCCUGCUCAAUUUCACUGUCAUGCACAGUCUACUAGUGAUGGAUACUCAGACUUUUCCAAGGAACUCCAUCAAAAGGCUACUGCUUCAGGAGAAGGGAUGCAAUAUUCAAAAGCAACAAAAGCCUGUGCUGAACAAAAUAAUACAUUAAACACAGAAAUAGGUCUCAACUAUGGUGAAAAUAUUUCACCAAGCUUUUCUAAAAGGAUAUCCAAUAAAGAGGAUGAAACAUCAUCUCAAAUUCAUAUGGAGGGAUUUCUGACAGCUGAUGAGUCAUGUGAUAGAUCAUCCUUGACCGAAGACAAACCAAUUACAGUAGAUUUAGAUGAUGUUUCAAAAUGUGCCAUAGAACAAGUAACAGAAAAGUGUUCGCCUAUAGAUGCUACAGAAAUGCCAGAAAACCAUGAAAAUGCAGAAAUUCCCUUUGUGGACCACUGGAAUACGGGGGCACUCGAUCCAAAAGAGAGUCCUGAAUCAGAUACUGGCAGUGCAACCACAUCCUCGGAUGAUAUAAAACCAAGAUCAGAAGAUUAUGAUGCUGGAGGCUCUCAGGAUGAUGAAGGAUCCAAUGAAAGAGGGAUUUCCAAAUGCAGCACUAUGUUAUGCCAUGAUUUUCUUGGAAGAAGCAGCAGUGACACAAGUACACCUGAGGAAUUAAAAAUUUAUGACAGCAGCCUAAGAAUAGAAGUGAAAAUGAAAAAAGAGGGUUCUGAUCUAUUCCGUGUUAAUUCAACAAGCGAUGAUGAAAUACCAAGAAAAAGAUCUGAAAUCUGGUCACAUCAAGAAAGUGCAAGAAGGGCCAACACUAGAGAAAAUGAAAGUUCUACUUUUGGCAAGGCACAGUUUAUUCAGGAAACAGACCAAGUUUCUUCUUCUGCUGAUGAAACGGAAGAUGACAGAUCUGAAGCAGAAAAUGUUGCAGAAAACUUUCCUCCAUCAGAUGUUCCUACUCAACAGUUCCAAGGAAUUGAUAAUUUGGCUUUUGAAGAUGCAACAGAAAAUAAUACUGCAACUCAGGAGUUUUCUAAAACUAAAAAUUUCAAACGAUCUGUUUUACUUUCAGUAGAUGAAUGUGAAGAACUGGGAUCAGAUGAUAGAGUGGAAGCUCAUACAUCACGUCAGCAUUCAAUAGAUUCUCUUACUCCUUCAGAUGUAUUUGAUAGUGUUUCCCAUGAGCACCAUGGAACAACUUUUUAUUCAAGAUACUCAUUGGAAAUUGAAGAUGGAUUCCUGGACUGCAAACAGCAUAAGGAUAGAGACAACAGGCUGGAUAACAGUGAAAGUCCUCUUCUUCCUGACACUGAAAUCCUAGGAAAGGAUAAUCAAGGUACUUCAAUGACUGAACAAAACUGUUCAGAGAAAGUGUACUCUGCAGCCAGUCUGUGUCCACCAGCAGAAAAGCAGGAAUUAAAAAUGAAGAAUGAAGUGGCUAGUGAAUUUCAACAGUGCAAUAAAUACUUGGACAAUGAUGCAAAAUCUCAAGAUAGACCAUGUCAUCUGGAUCUUCAUCACAGAGAGACUAAUUCUGAUAUGCAAAAGAGCAGCUCUGCCAAACCUGUAGAACCCGAUAAGAAUCAGUUACUGACUCAGGAAGGUCAAGUGAGAGACAGUCAACCAGCAACUACUGAAUACGCUAAUACUGAUUUACUUCCAGGAGACAUAGAUGAUUAUGACACAAUGGCACAAACCUGCAUGUAUGAACAUCGACCUUCAAAAACCCUUUCUCCAAUAUAUGAGAUGGAUGUUGGAGAAGCAUUUGAGCAGAGGAUGGAUUCGGAAACAGCAGUUCUAGAUGUGGAUUUUGAAGAUCAGCAAUUUGCAGAACAGGACUGGACUCUUCUCAGGCAAUUAUUAUCUGAGCAGGACUCAAAUAUAGGUUUCAAAAACUCUGUUCCUGAAGACCUUAACUUAGCACAAUGUCUUAUCAAUCAGACACUGUUUCUGGCACGAGAUGGCUCGAAUCCUCAGGGUACAUCACAAGUUGACACUUUCAGUAGGUGGACUGAAAUAAUGUCUCCACUUGACGAUUCUUCAGCAAGCAUUACAGUGGCAAGCUUUUCAUCUGAAGACUGUUCUUCCCCUCAAGGGGAAUGGACAAUUCUUGAACUGGAAACCCAUCAUUAAGGUGAUCAGAUGCUUGCAACUGGACUCCAACCCAUUCCCCAAAUCUAUUUUUGAUGCGUUGUUUCCAUAUAAUGAAAUACUGCAUCAGUCAAGAACAAGCAAUUCUUGAUACUGAGGCAAUCUUUCUGAUAUAAUGAGGUAAAUAUGUUAAUUUAUAACCUAGAUUUAAUCACAAGUACAGUAAUUUUUCAAGGCUUAAAUGUAUGUCUUUUUCUAAAAUCAACUUUGAGCAUGUAUUUUCUAGACUUGUUAGAAAAAAAUAGAUGACAUGAAAGAAAAAUCCUGGUUCCCCCUCUCCCUUUUAUACUCCUUUCUGCCAAUUAAUAUUCUCAUUGAGCAAGAAUUUAAGGAUGACUGCACAACUAGUAGAGCUAUUCCUCUCCUUUUUUUCUCUCUAUAUGGUGACUUGAUUUUACAACAAUAAAGACUCAGAACAGUUGUGUCAAAAGGUGAUGUGUGCCAACACUGCUUUAAAUAAUAGAAAAGUAUACUUGUGUUUACAGAAAACAUUUCAAUAUGAAUCUGCUUUGGGCUUUACUAAUAUGAGCAACUUGUUCCAUCUGUCUCCUCCAGGUUUGAUUUUUGUAUUUUUUGAGUUUUGUUUAGAAGUUUCCAAUAAAUUUUUUAAUUUGUCUUUGCUUCAAAUAUAAGACUUCAGAGGGUCUGUACUCUAGGAAGGCACUGUUUCUUUCCUGGAAACACACAUGUUUAUAUUUUUAAUGACUUAGUUAAAUAUAUUCAGAGGAGUCAGUAGGAUGCUGAUCCUGUUCUAAAAACAAUGUGUCUAGUAUCUCCAAAGGUAUAUUUCAUGCUGAAAUGCUGAUAGAGAUAAUCUGGCCACUGUUACAUCAGAAGUCUGACUUGCAGGAGAAGUACCUUUGAUCUUCAAUUCAUUACACUUGCACUCUUUUGAGACUGAGGCAUGGCUAAAUUCUCAUGGAUUUGACUUUGCUUAUUCUCAUAGAUAAUACAUUUUUGUAACAGGAUUUUUCUCCUUCCAGCUUCAUUAGCAUCUCUAAAGUGUAGCUUUUAUGUGGAGACUAAGUGUCAACAUAACCAUUUUUCCAGCUAAGGAGAGUAAAAUAGAAAGUACUUCUCUACACCGCUCAUUCUGCCCUUUCUGGCUGUUAAGUUGGGUGUGGAUAAGACUGUUUGAUAGGACAAGGGGGAGGAGGGAAGUUAUAAAAUAUUUGUAAUUCUUACCAAAUCAAAACUCUUCCUGAAACAUUCAGGGUUUUUUUCCCCACAAAGCAUAAGCCCUCUAAGAAAUAUCUGCCUAUCUUAUCUAAGUUUUCUGCCUCCUCCGAGUCAUUAACAAAAGCAGUGCCUUCAGAAGUGGGUGACAUAUGGCAGCAAAAUGUUACUGACUUUUUUUGUUAAAAGUAUCUAUUUAAGACAAGUGCCCAACUUAAGCUGGCUAUAACCACAGAUAAUAUGAUCAGUUUUGCAAGCUUUUGCACAACUCUGACAGUGCACUUAACUUUGUUUAGAAACUUCAUUUAUUUUUGUUCAUAGUCAGAAACUCUCAGUUGUGUUCAAAUAUGAAGUUGCCCUAGCAUACAACUAAUGAAUUUAUCACCUGUCGUAUUUUUAGACUUGACAUAAUAAGGAGAACUCAUGCAAAACAUUUAGUUAAGGAAGUUACUCAAGAAAGCCACUUCAUCGAUCAUAUACAGAAGUAAAAGUGAUGUUUUAUUUUCUCCAAAUUAAUGAAGGAGACAUAUGAAGACAGGAAAAAAAACAAAAAAAAAAAAGAAGGGCUUCUUUUCUCUUUAAGUUCAGGAAGAGGAAGGAGUCAGAACCUGUGGAAGAGGGAUGCUCUGUUUCAGAAGACCUUUCCCCUACUCCUUCAGCUUUUAGCAGCAUAAAUAGUCUGUGAUAAACAUUUUAAAUGUAAUAUGCUAUAUUUAGCCCAGUCUUCAUACUGGAGGGAGUCAGAUGAACCUUUAGAAGUGCAAAUUCAUCAAAAGAACCUAUCUUUUACCUUUAAGUUUAGGUGUGCAGACAGUGAAUUGUUUUAUUUACUUUACUGGUUGUAAUAUGAAAAUUAAACCCCAUUCCCUCCUGAAGUCCCCACUGAUGUUGUUGCAUUUCCUUUAAUAGCUUUGCAGUAGAGCAAAUGAUUAGGAUUUGGUGUAUUGUUCAGCUGAUGUGUAUGCAAUAAUAGAAUACAGCUUCCCAUAGCCACACAGUCUCUGUAGAAGUAGCAGAAAUAGAAAGCGGUAUUGUUUUUAAUUUGCAUUACCAGAGUGCCUGUGAGCCUUAAGCAGACCAGCAUCCCACAGGCUAGACACUGUACAAACACAGAACAAAAACAAAGACUUCCCACAGAGUGGUUACAAUCCAAGUUAAGACAAAAGAUUAAAAAAAUACGGAUGGCACAGCAAAAGGAGAGAGUCAAUAUUUGUCUAGCUGAUUAGCAAUGGUUUCAGCACAUGAUCAGUUUAAAUAUUGUCACUUUUUUCUCUUUAUGCUUUACAGCAAGGGAAAAUCGGAGGGUGAAAUUUGCAGGCUGGAUAAUGAGGGAGCUUUUAAGGAUCUCUAUUCCUGACCAGCUCUGUGUGCCAUCUAAACUCUGCCCAUUUGAUGUUGUUUAGUAGUCCCUCCUCCUUCAGAAGGGCAUAUAAGCUUUAAGCAGGUGUAGGUGGCUAUUAUGUUAAAUAGUAUCAGUCACCUUGAAUUCUCUGGAGUCCUGGUCGUGUCUCCUAACAGUGAUUUUGUGAAUGUUUACUGGCCUCUUCUCCAAAACAUGAGAGAAUGGCCAAAGGUUUGUUUGAAAACUUAAUAUGCAAAUAAUUGAAGGUUGUGUGAUAGACGCUAAGUGAAUAGUGAGUAAGGGGUUCUGAAUGACCCUUAAAGUAAAGACAAGGUGUGUACUCCCAAUGAAGCUGUGAAGGGGAAUCGAUGAAGAAAUGGCGUGGUCAAAAUAAUUUUUAAGGGUUCAUCUUUGCAGUAGUAUUUUGAAUACGUAAGAGCAGUACAACUCUUUUUAUCAAAGAGAGAAGAAUGUUGCUGU